ACCCCGCGACCUGGCGCUGGCGUGUGUGAGCCAGCCCUCCGCCAUAUUGACUGUUGUCUUUGAGGAGAGAAACAGAAAGUGUUUUUACGGCGCUUGGAAUUAAAAUUAAAAAGCCCCAAAAGGCUCGUUUUUUAAAACCGAAGCUGCACCGUUUUUAUCGGACCUGUCGCGAGCUGAGCGGGCGCCGGCAGAUUGGAGAUAAUUCAGUGAAAACGCGCCAUGGCGAGGAAGAAGAGCAGACAGGCGGGAGCGGGGCAGAAGGAAGACCCGCAGCAGCAGCGGAGCGCCGCGGAGAAGAAGGCCGACGGAGCUGCAGCCGGAGGCGGGGACGCGGGACUGGACCGCCCGCCGAGGACCAGCCAGUCCAUGCACACCUGCUGUUUGCUGUGCCAUCGGGAAUUUAAGGACUGGGGAGCAGGCCUGGCUAACGGGCUCCCCAGCCACGGGUCCAAGCUGUCGGAGGCGGUCCCGGCUCUGUCCCAGGCACUGCUGAGGGAGGUCCCGGGUCGCAAGUUAGCGGACGCCGUGCCCUCGCUGUCGCAGUCGCUGCUCGGGGAGGUACCUCUCUGGAUAUGCCAGAGCUGCCGGAAGAGCGUGGAGGAAGAGGAGAGGAGGCCGGCGCAGGAGCAGAGUGCACCCGUGCCGUUGUCCCACUCGUCCUCGUGUAAGUCUCAGAGCUGUGGGAAUGGUUAUCCAGAGCAGAGCUCUGUAGACUGGGACCCCAGCUCCUUCCUGUCGGCCCGGAAACUGUCGGGUCUCUGGAACUCGGCUCACUCAAACACAGGAGCUCACUGCACCCACGGAGCCGGUACUCACUCUCAGCAAGGCGGGACGGCGGGACCAACCUGUCAUGAGAAAAGAUCUCACGAGGGAUCCGGGAACAAAGUGUGUCCCUACAGUCACCCAGCGUCCCCCAACCCCGGUGCCACGUCCCCCGCUAAUCCACUGUCUACCUCCGGCGACCUUUGCAAGACCACCCCCAAGCACUUCAAAACCAUGUGUAGGCGACCAACUCCUCCAGGUGAGGCGUUCCACCCGAACGAGCACCACCAGCCUGCAGACCUGUCAGUGCCGCCCAACAGUCCCACGGGCCUCUCCUCCCAGAACUCCUCCACUCUGCUGCCUGCUACCAAGCCCACCUCCAGUCAGCACGUCCACGUCAACGCCGCUGCACACGCCCCCUUCUCUCCGCUGGCACCCAACCUUGCCUCUGGCACCAAGCACUCGGGUGGUCCGGACAGCCCCGCUACCCUGCACAAGUCCAGCGCCUGCAAAAACGCUCACAUUCCACCUGCUGGCACCCAGCACGGGAAGGUGGGUGCCUCGCUGAUGGGCUGUAGCCACCCCUGCAACGGGCACAACAACAACAACAAUAGCAGCAGCGGUGGAACUGUAGCCUCCUCCAAUGCAGCUCAUCUAGCGUCCACCGCUUGCAGGGACCAAGCGUGUAAAGGGCACAAGCUGGUGAACGGCUCGACGUGCCAGCAGGCGGCGUGUGAGCCGGAGGAAGGGGAGGAUGAAGACAGCAGCUCGGAGCGCAGCUCCUGCGCAUCCUCAUCCACCAAUCAGCGGGACGGGAAAUAUUGUGACUGCUGCUACUGCGAGUUCUUCGGUCAUAAUGCGCCGCCCGCAGCCCCCACAAGUCGGAACUAUGCAGAGAUCCGGGAGAAGCUCCGGUCCCGGCUCACUCGGCGUAAAGAGGAGCUGCCUCAAAGACAAGACCUGGACCCGGCCACACCAAGUGCUAUCGACCACCGGGACGUGGACGAGCUCCUGGACUUCAUCAACAGCUCCGAACCCAAGCCCGUCAACACCGCCAAGGCAGCCAAGCGCGCGCGGCACAAACAGAAGAAGAAGGAGAGGGAACGUGCCCAGCAGGGUGCAGCGGAUUCGGCCUGCAACGAUCAGCAGUCCUCCCCUCCUCCGGAGCCGGCCGACGAGGAGUCUGUUCCGGACGGGGAGCCGGGGCGUCUCCUGGAGUGGCCUCAGCUGGAGCUGGAGCGCGUCAACAGCUUUCUCACCUCCCGCCUGGAGGAGAUCAAGAACACCAUCAAAGACUCCAUCAGGGCCUCCUUCAGCAUGUACGAUCUCAACCUGGACGUCAACGACUUCCCCAAGAAGGCCGCCACGCUGGAGGGCAACCACCUGCUGUCUCACCUCAACGGCUCGUCCGACCUGCAGCAGAUCGACCUGGACCUUUCCCCGCUCUCCCUGAGGAACUUCAAGAGGGACCUGGAUACGCUCAACGGUUGGGAGGACAACAACUGCAUCAGCAGCAGCACCACAACCACCAACAACAACUCCUCCUCCUCUAUCAGCGCCGCCACGGCCAAAGACGUCCAGAGGCUGCACGCCACUCCCAGCCUCUCCAAGCUCAUCCGAGUGCGUUCCCCAGAACGAGGCUCACCACCAGGUUCUGAGGCCACGCAGCCCACCUCGGCCCACGCGCCCAAACCCAAAGACGAGGCCCCCGACGCCAAGAACGCCACAGGGGCCGGAGCAAAGACGAAGAAGGGCAAGAAACAGCAGCAGCAGCAGCAACAGCAGCAGAGGCAUCAGCAACAACAGGACCAUGCCUUACAGGAGCAGCUUCCCGUCUCCAAGUCUACUAAAGCAACUCCUGCAAACCUGGAGAAAACCCAAGAGGGCAGAACCUCAGAGCCUGAGAAAGGCCUGCGAGGAUCCAAAGCCAGCCAGCAGAGUCAGCAGCACGGCGAGAAUCAGAAAACGGCCAACAGAAAGACGGAGGAAGGCAAGUCCUCAAAGCACACCUCUAACGGUGCCGCUAACGGGAACCACCAUCCAGGGUCCAACUUUCACAGAGGGAAGAACGACGCAGACUCCAGAGGAAACCGAUCGGAGAACGACACAGAAGCUAAAACCAAUUCCAACACUCCAGCAAACUUGAACUCGCACCAGCAACAGUCAAAAGGAAAGAAUAAGAAGAACAAAGGCAAGACGGACAAGUCCAGUAGUGCUAUUGAUGACGUUUUCCUCCCCAAAGACGUGGAUCCAACAGAGAUGGACGAGAUCGAUCGCGAGGUGGAAUACUUCAAGAGGUUUUGCCUCGACUCGGCUAAACAGACUCGACAGAAGGUGGCCGUGAACUGGUCCAACUUCAGCCUGAAGAAAAUGCCCUCAAACGCAGCUCAGUAACACACGUGAACGAUGGUAUCAGAACCAGAACCCACCUUCCCUGAGACUCGAGACUCUGAAGACUGCUCAACACACGUUUGACUCACUGUAUUGAACACCUGAUUGGCCUGUGGUUGGUCACUGUAGUCGACACCUGAUUGGCCGAUGGCCAGUUUGCUCUGCUCAACACUUGAUUUGGCUGGACGUCACUCUCUGUCUAUGCCCUGUUUUAUCACUAAAGCCACGGGACCUCGGUCUACAUGUUCAUCCAUCAGAGCUUUUCUUUCUUCCGUUUUUUUUUUUUUUCUUUUUUUCUUUAUUUUUCGUACGUGUGGGUAGAGCUGGAUUGAUCGCAGGUCAGCCUGCUUCCCCUCUGUCUCUCUCUCUUUCUCUCUGUCUAUCUCUCUCUCUGUCUCUCUCUCUCUCUCUCUCUCUCUCUCGUUCUCUCUGUGUUGCUUUGGAGUAAGCAGCCAAAAUUGUGUUUUGGUGAACACUGCUCCCACUACUCCAGUUCUUGACUUCACUUGUAGUAUGUAAACAGUUAUUUUACAAUAAAAGUCUUUUAAAUCAGAA